AGCACCCAAAAAAAAAAAAACUCAUUUUUGUUGGGAUUUUAGGUACCGAUACACCUUACAGUUUUUCGAGCGCAGAAAGGCCUAGGGCCCCGAAGCAAAACCCUACACGCAGGAGCCUGCGCUUGCCCCGCUCCCUUUCGUGCUUUCCCUGCUCUGAUCUCUCCGACCUCGCUCCUCUCCAAUGGCCAAGAGCAAGAGCAACAGCAAGAGCAAGAGCAACAGCAAGAGCAAGAAACAGAAGCUCGCCGCGAGGAAAAAAGAGAAGAAAGUAAACAAGAAUAACCCCCCAAAAACCGUAGCGCUAGCCAAUAACGAAGUUUCCAGCGACUCCGACACCGAUUCUUUCUCUAACGCCGAUGAGCUCCAGAGACUCCUCGAACCUUACUCCAAGUCGCAGCUCAUCGAUUUCAUCGCCGACGCAGCCCUUAAGGACCUAGCCCUCUUCGCUCGCAUCCGCGAAUCCGCUGAUCGCGACGUCUCCCACCGCAAGAUCUUCGUCCACGGCCUUGGCUGGGACACCACUCGCGACACCCUCUUAUCGGCCUUCCAAUCAUAUGGCGAAAUUGAAGACUGCAAUGUCGUGACCGAUCGCGCCACUGGGAAGGCUAAAGGGUAUGGAUUCGUUCUGUUCAAGAACCGCCAGGGAGCUUCCAAGGCGCUGAAGCAGCAGAAGAAGAAAAUUAAUAAUCGGAUUGUGUCGUUCCAGUUGGCGGCUGUUGGGCCGGUGCCGCAGCAGCAUCAGGAGGCUUCAGGACGGAAGGUUUAUGUGAGUAAUGUGCAGGCGGAUGCCGAUCCAGAAAAAUUGAAGACAUUAUUUGCUAAUUUUGGGGAGAUUGAGACGGGUCCAAUUGGGUUUGACAUGAAGACGGGCAAGAGUCGGGGUUUUGCACUUUUUGUGUACAAGACGCAGGAAGGAGCGAAUAAGGCCUUGGAGGAGCCAUUCAAGAUGUUCGAGGGAUACCGACUGCAUUGCCAGAAGGCUUCGGAGGGAAAGAACAAGGUCCCUGCACAGGCUGCGCAGGCGCCUGUGUUGGCUGCGGUGGCUGCAGCCCAGAACUUGAUGUUUAGUCAGCAUGCUGGAUUUAAUCCAGCAUAUGCUGGAUUGCUGGCAAAUCCGAAUGCUGGCUUGAUGGCUGGGCCAGUGAAUCCGAUGGCAGCAGGGAUGAAUUCAUCAAGUGUGAUACCGUCUGGUCAGCUGACUCAGGUAGGUCAGCUGGUUGCUAGUCCAUUGGGGAGUGUGGUGGGAUCAGGAGGGUACAAUGCGGCCUCCCAUGGGUUGGGUAGCUUAGGUGGUGGUCAUUCAGUGCUUGGGGCAUAUGGGUCCACAGCCACAAGCUUGGGUCUGCAGCAUGUGUAUUCAAAUUCCCAGCUUGGGCAUGGGCAGCUGGCUUCUGCUAGGGCGCAUGGAAGUGGUGGGUCUUUCAGUGGUUACUCGCCAUACAUAUGAUCAAGUUGGCUGAGCUCAGAAAUAAUGGAGUAUUGGAGAAUGUUUAUCUAGGAGCUUUCAGUUCUGGAUGUUAACUUCUAGAAAGAAACUUUGAAAUUUUAUUGCUUUUCUGAGUCCCUAAGUUUGUGAUUUUGUCAGUCUUGGCAGGAACAUGUUAAACUAUUUCUCCUCCCUUUUCUUCUUCCUCUUCUUCUUUGUAUUUUGUGUAAUUCCUUACGUGAAUUGGCGUUUUUCUUUUGCUUU